AUGACACUAGGAACCAUUCUAGAGGACUAUAGUCCCGAGUUCUUUCAGAAGCUCUCACUGCUAGAGUCAGCUAUCGAGGACUUCAAGUCCAUCGACGGCGAUAGGCUGGUAAGGGACGUGUUCUAUAACUUCUUCCAUGAGCACAAGAUGGAGAACCAUUUUGGGUUGGGCAUCCUUCACCGGCACUUUGAACUAGCUGAGCACGAGAAGCUGGUGGACUAUAAAGGAAGCUCGGUACCCUGGAACAGCGAGUCACUUUUUGGCGUCAAAGAUAUCUACCCCCUUAUUUGGGGUGUGAGUCCUGAUGGGAAAGUUCGACCAACAGAGUUCCGGUAUGCAGAGGGCGAUUCAGUUCCUCAAACAACCACUACUGAGGUAGCCUUCAUGGCCAAAUUUGCGGAACUUUUGGGGCGACUGGGAGCAUCCCAUGUCUUCUGUCUUGUGCGGCAUCCAGGGAACGACUUUCCGGGUUCGUACGAGACGCCAGUGGAACGGACUAUAAUCUCUUUCGAUCCAGCAGAUUGCUCGCAUGCGUUUAAGCCCCUCUUCCAUGACACUACUUGGUUCUUCUCCACCGAGGCUCUCUUUGACGCUGUCGCCAAGCGGUAUGAGGAAUCCUAUGGCCCAUCAACUGGGCAAGGUGAGGUGAUCAAACGCGUCCUUUUGCCUCUUCUUCCGCCUCAGAGUCGUGUCCUCGAUGUUGGCUGUGGCACCGGCAGGCCUGUCGCAGAGACCCUCUCUGAGGCUGGUCACAGCGUGGUCGGUAUCGACAUCUCGCAGGAGAUGGUGAACAUUGCCAGGCAGCAGGUGCCGGGAGCCAGCUUCGAAAAGGCGGACAUGAUGACUUAUACGCCGCCCAACUUACCUUUUGACGCGGUGUGCGCUCUGCUCUCUCUCUUUCAGUUAGGGCCCGACGAUACUGCGUCGGCGCUGGCUAAAUUUUCCGAGUGGCUUGCUCCCGACGGCAUUAUUCUUCUGUGUACGAUCCUGUCCUCUGCAGUGCGGACACCCGAUAUCACGAAUGGGGCAGCAGCGCAACCACUACAUAUUGAAGCGAGUUUUCCUUUUAUGGGACACCUAGUCAGCGGUACCUAUUUCUCCAGGGAAGGGUGGCACAAGGUCCUUGCUACCCACGGCUUUGCGAUUGAAUCGGAGAAGAUUAUCCCCUUCCGCCCUAUCGUCUCGGCAUCGGAAGUGCACGUGGAUGUGGAGGAACAUUACUACAUCCUUGCAAGAAAGAAGCCGUCUAUGUAG